AUGAGCAUGGAUGAAGAAGUCGCCGCCCUUGUUAUUGAUAACGGUUCUGGCAUGUGCAAAGCCGGGUUUGCCGGUGAUGAUGCACCCCGUGCGGUUUUCCCAUCUAUUGUCGGACGCCCACGUCAUCAAGGUGUAAUGGUUGGUAUGGGACAAAAGGAUUCGUACGUAGGGGACGAAGCCCAAUCUAAGCGUGGUAUCUUGACUUUGAAAUAUCCCAUCGAACACGGUAUCGUUACAAAUUGGGAUGAUAUGGAAAAAAUUUGGCAUCACACAUUCUACAAUGAACUUCGCGUUGCCCCCGAAGAACAUCCUGUGCUCUUAACUGAAGCACCACUUAAUCCAAAAUCAAAUCGCGAAAAAAUGACACAGAUUAUGUUCGAGACUUUCAAUGCCCCCGCUUUCUAUGUUGCUAUUCAAGCUGUAUUGUCACUAUAUGCCUCUGGUCGUACCACCGGUAUUGUGCUUGAUUCCGGUGAUGGUGUUACUCACACCGUUCCGAUUUACGAAGGUUACGCUUUGCCUCACGCUAUUCUACGUCUCGAUUUGGCCGGUCGUGAUUUAACCGAUUAUCUCAUGAAAAUUCUUAUGGAAAGAGGAUAUUCAUUCUCAACCACUGCCGAACGUGAAAUUGUACGUGAUAUCAAAGAAAAAUUAUGUUAUGUCGCUUUAGACUUUGAACAAGAAAUGCAAACUGCAGCUCAAUCUUCGGCAUUGGAAAAAUCUUAUGAACUUCCUGAUGGGCAAGUAAUUACUAUCGGAAAUGAACGUUUUCGUGCUCCAGAAGCUUUAUUCCAACCUUCAUUCUUGGGUCUUGAAGCUGCUGGUAUUCAUGAAACUACCUACAAUUCUAUCAUGAAGUGUGAUGUUGAUAUCCGUAAAGAUCUUUACGGAAAUAUUGUACUUUCUGGCGGUACCACAAUGUAUGCCGGAAUUGCAGAUAGAAUGCAAAAAGAAAUCACAGCUUUAGCUCCUUCAAGCAUGAAAAUCAAGAUUGUUGCUCCACCAGAACGCAAAUACUCUGUCUGGAUUGGUGGCUCUAUUUUGGCCUCGCUCUCAACUUUCCAACAAAUGUGGAUCAGCAAACAAGAAUACGACGAAUCCGGACCAUCCAUUGUCCACCGUAAAUGCUUUUAG